CGGGGGAGCAGUAGCAAUCCAGCACGAAUGGCAGGAGGAGGAAGACUUGCUUCAGGGUCAGGGGGGAUCGGCAUGGCAUCAGGGCGGAGACUGGAAAAGAGGCGGGAAAGUAUUAAGAGCAGUGGAAAGAGAGGCUCAAGGGAUGGUUCGGAGGACUAUAGAGAGGGGUUGCGGGAGAACCGUGAUGUAACGAAGGAGAGCAGAGACGGGUUUAGGGACAAUGGCAACGCAAGUACGGCGGAUCUAAGCUCGCUGGAGAGGCGGGGUGGUGGUGGUCGGAUGAUGAAGACUGCGGAUGAGGCUGUCAUUGCCGGCGGGAAGAAAGACGGCUUCAGAUCGCAGGUGAAAGAGAAGGGAGAUGGCAGCGAAGUGGCAGCGAGGAGGCUACCGAAGGGCGAGGAGAAGGCAAUUGCUGCGAACGGUGGAGCUUCGUCUACGAGCCUAGGAGGAGAAAGUCUAGGACGCGAUCGGCGGAAAGAGCCGGUCCAGGUUCCCCACGUGGAGGUGGGAGAAGUUGGGAGAGUAGUGGGGGACGGAGGAAAGCAAGAGGGGGGAAAGGAAACGGACGAGCGAGAGGGUGAGACCGAUGGCGGUCGAUUGGGAAUGCCACUACGAGGAGAGCGCAAGCAGAGGGUCAGCCCUGGGGAUGUCCAGAUGGCGUACCCGCAGAGUGACGUAGCGGAGAGUGCUGCUGCAUUGGCUUGGGCUAGUAGCAAUCGGGAAAGUGCAGUGAUGAUGCCGGCUUUCGUGUGUCAGCAGAUGACGACAGUGCCUCCUUUCAAAUUCAAGUGGGGCGAUCUGGAGGAGGAUGAAAUACAGCGAGGGGUUGACAGCAGGCGAAUAAUGAAUGGGAAAGCGGCUAAGAGCGGCGGCGCGAUGGCCAAGGGAAGUGAAGCAGCUGCUGUGCAUCAGAAAUCGGAAGGAAUCGGAACCGAGGAGGAGAAGAAAUGUCUGGCUGUGACCUUGGGCUGUAACGGUUGCGCGGAUGACGUUGGUGCUACCGAGAACCCGGGGGUGGGGGAUGAUGGACCGCAGAAGCAAAGCCGUUCUAGGGAAAACGCGCAGAAAAGGAACGAUGUGAAAAGCUUGGAAAGGAAGAAGAGGAAGGAAGGGCGAGAUGAAGGGAUCUUGCGGGAUGUCGACGGAGAUGCUUCUGGCAGCAGCGAUGGGGCAGAGGCCGAGGCCGCGCCCGAGGUGGGGCUUGGGAACCUUGGCGAGUCCUCAUCCGGCGAUCAAGAUGAGGCAGUCAAGGAGAAGUGGAGGGAUGAGGCGGAACCGCGGCUAUGCGAGGAGCGGAAGAGCUCCGGAGACGGGAUGCAUGCUGAGCAGAAAGAGCAAGUUCCGGAGCAGGGCAAGAAUCGUGGGCUCAAAGCGAGUCGCCCAGCUGAGAUGCGCUUGGCCACGACGGAGGGAGCCGAACCAGGGGACUUCAGAGAGGGGGCUGGGGGUCCUGUGCAGCAGGCUAUUUCUAGAUUUAUGGAGGUGAGGGAUGACGCGGGAUAUCUUGUUGGUGGUAGAGUGCAGGAGAAAGCGACGCAAGAGCCUCGCCAUUAUGCAGUGGGGGGAGAGAAUGCGGGUGUAAAAGCUGUGAUGGUGGAGGGUGAGAAGAACGGUGAAAGACCAGGGAUGGGUAGAGGAAAAGAGACAGACAGAGAGAAGGAGCGGCGCCUGCGCGAAGUUCUAGGAGCGCACGCCACCAGUACGGGACAGGGUUCAGAGCUGGAUGAAUUUGGAAACGACCCCGCGAGAGUGUGCGCCGCCGAAGCAUGGUCAGCGAAGGUUGGAGUCGAUGCCUCAAGCGAUGGGUCGAUUGUGGACAUUCUCGAGCGACAAGAGGAGAACAGAAAAGCUGUUGGCGAGGGAGGAGAAGGAGGAGGAGGAGGGGCUCUCAGCGUCAUCAGUGAGGGGGGGGCGGUCAAGAUUUGCGGAAAACAGAGCUUGGAGUUGGUGGAUGCGGAGGAGGAAAUGGGGGUUGAGGAAGUUGGCCUAAACGCCCUCGGAGGUCCGGAGUUAUCUUUCGCUCCGCGUGUGAAUGACAAUAUCAAUUGGCUAGGGGGGGGCGGUGAAGAUGACUCUGAAGGGGCGAACGCGAUGGAGCCCAACGAUGAUUCGCAGCAAUUUAGACUGAGCCAUGGCGAGGACGGAGAUUAUGAUGGCAGCGUGAGACUCGAUGGGAAGGCGGGAACGGACGGGAGGGACGGUGACGAGAUAACGGCGAGGAAUAGUGGAGCGAGGGUGUUCGGAGCAGUAGGGAAAGACUGGAAGGGAGGCUACGGAAAUUCUGAGGGUGAGAGAGAGGAUGAGCAUGGGAAUGGAAAGGUUGACUCCGUGCCUGAUCAACGCCGAUCACAGGAGAACGAGGCGCACUCAGGUGAAGAGGAGGCGCCAGCGGCGGCGGCGGCGGAGGAGGAGGGGGGCGAAGAAGAUCGCGAAGAGGCGACGAGGAGGGAACGGAAGGGCAGCUGUAUGGUGCGCACAGAACGAUUUAGACAAAGGUUGUGGCUUUACUUGUUUGAGAACCUUAGUCGAUCAGUGGACGAGCUUUACUGCCUGUGCGAGCUCGAAUGCGACCUUGCAAACAUAGACGAAGCUGUGCGGGUGUUGGAUGAAGCCAUGGACGAUUUCAGGGAGCUGAAGGAGAGGAUCGAGACUCAGAAUAGAUUCGUAAAAGAGAGGAGGAAAGCCAUGCAGCGGAAGACGGGUUUUGCCUUGUCAAGGGGUGACGGAAGCGGUGACAGAGGAUCGGGAGGAGAUGGACCAAGUGUCAGCCAGGAGAAGCAAGGGGCGACAACGGCAGCGAGAUCUUCCCCCCGUGCUACGAACGAAGGCAGUAAGGAAAUUCAGAAGCGUCAGCAACAUGCCAUAGCGUGGGAGGUCUGUGUAGUUGUAGGGGUUCGAUCUGUAGGUCUGCCGAGUAGGGGUCAUAGCUGUGUAGCGGUCGAAACUGCUAGGCUAGAGGUCUGUAGUGGCAAGAGUACCACCCCUUACACCAAGGCUCAGGAAGAGCAAGCCGCCGCUUUACUCAAAGAGAGGAAAGAGGAGGUGGCCAUGGAGGUGAUUAGACAGGCCAAAAAGUUGGCCCUACUAGAGGAGCAGGCGACGAAGAGGAAGAAGUUGGAGGAGGAGAUGGAAAGAUUGAAGCAAGAGGAUGAAGAGGAAAUGAAAGCAGUGGAAGAGGAAGAGAUAGAAGAGGAAAAGGAGGAGGAGCCCCUGAUCAGGAGAGGCACCAGGGAUAAAGGGGAAUCCAGUGGCACGAAGAGGGAGGAGUCAUGGUUGGAGAAAAAGGUUUCUAAGUGGGUGGCAAGUUUGUCCCUGGGGGAAGAAGAAGCCAUGCAGUAUGUUCCCCAGGAGGAGCAGGGGCCAGUAGUGAAGGAGCUGGAGGGGGAAGAGGACCCUUUGAGACACCAAGCAAUAGAGGAGGAGAAAAAGUUACAUUGGAAGUAGCGUCUCACCAGGGAGAAGAAGAGGAGGAUAAAUGAGGCGAAGAAAA